CCGCCUCUCCCUCUCAAACUCACCACCCAUCAUGCUGCAACUCGCACAAUCAUCCUCUUCACGAGCAGUCGCAAGGCUCGCUACUGCUCCCCUGCGCACGGCAGGUCAGCGUAGGCUAGCCUCUGGCGGUGGAAGCAACUAUAACCAGCCUUCUGGAUUCCUGUUUGGAGAGAAGCCCCUCCCCAAGGGUCAGAAGCGCGAAAAGGAGGACUGGGAGAACAUCUGGUACUGGGGAAUGGGUGGUGGAUUGGUAUUCAUGACAAUCGGCUACCUCUACAAGCCUGACACCAGCAUCCAAUCAUGGGCCAUGCCCGAGGCAAAGAAGAACCUAGAGGCAUCGGGCAAGACGUGGAAGUACGUGCCUUCGAAGAACUCUGAUUACUACGGAAAGGAGACAUAGAGCGAAGGCAUACUGAAGAGAGGAAAGGCAGGGAAGAUGUGUACAAUGCGACGCAGGCAGGCUCAGAGUCGUUCGUAGCAAGGAGAGAAUGCAAUGCCAGAUCAAGAUACACCGAAGAACUCAUCGCACAGUUCUGGAGACAGAUCAUGAUUGAUGGCGAUAAGUGAUGGUAUUACUCUGCGUCUCUCGUUCCCCUCAGGCUGUUCUGCCCUUGGCCUUAAACCUCUCCA